GCCCCUGAAAGGCCUUGAUUUCCUAAGCCACAUAUUUAUCCCCCGUAACGCACGCGCUUGGAAGCUGUCAAGACUGGGUGCCGCCCUGGGAUGGGGGGCGGCGGCCAAUUCGGUGCGGGGACCAAGACGCGGGGCCGGUGCUGGUCUUUACUACGGGCAGCCGUCUACUGUAUACUGCUUGCCCUGCUUGAAUCUGCUCCCCACAGUUGCCCGCGUCGAUCCUCUUGAUUUGCGACAGUUGAGACGCACGAAAGGCCACUACUACUGUUGCUAACGUAAUAGAGCGGACCGGGAGGACGUAAGGACUUGGAGAUGCGUAAAUAGCAGCCCGGCGAGGAACCCUUCUUCCAAAGACCAUCUUCUAUGUUUGGGCAAGGCGCCCGCGGUCUCGAGGGCUGGGGCCAUGCCGACUAUGCGGCCGACAAGGAGAUUACUCGGUUGCUUGAGGAAAUUCCUCGCGCAACAUCAGCACCGCCCCACCUCGCAGACCGAUGGGCCGUGAACCCGGACUCAGGCGUGGACCCCAACGCACGGGCGACGCCCGUAGGCCAGCAUCUGGGUGAUAUUAGGUUCGAUGAGGACUAUGCUCGCUUCUACGAGAUGUACUCGGGGCAGCGCAAGCUCCCGCCUCCGGUCGCGGACCGGACGCUCUACCAGGAGGUCCCGGGGCUCUUCCCCAGCAGGCUGCAGCAGCAGCUUGGGGCGGUCGGACAGGCUCAGGCGCAGAUCUUGUCUCGCGGUGUGACACCAGGUCUGGAGGUGAUUGACGAGCAGGGGCCAACAAAUGACAUGGCGGCGCUGCAUGAGGGCAUGAUGCAGGCGUUCCAGCAGCUUGGUGUACGCGGGCCAUCGCCCAUGCCGGGCCACCUCAACGGCGUAUCGCCGCACGGCUCCAAGCCGGGGACGCCCUCGCCUCUGGACGUGGCUGCGGCUGCAGCCGCGGCUGCUGCAGCGUCAGCGCCGAACCCGCUGCUGUUGCAACACGGCCUGGGUUCGGGGCUAGAAUCCAUGCUGCCGCCUGGUCACGGAGGCAUGAACGGCCUGCACCACCACCACCUCGGCGGCGGGGGCCCUGGCGGGAUGCCUGGCAACAACCCGCUGGCGGCGGCGGCCGCGGCGGCAGCGGCGAACUCACCGCUGCACCCCCUGACCAACUCGCUGGAGUACCAGGCAGCCUACCAGGCCGCGUACCAGGCGGCGCUGUUGCAGACGCAACAGCAGCUGCUGCUGGGCCAGCAGGCUGGCGUGAACCCGCUGACCGGGCAGUUCAUGCCGGGCGGCGGCUUCUUUGCGGGCAACGCCUCCGCCGCGGCAGCUGCGGCGGCAGCGGCAGCAGCGGCCGCGGCAGCAGCAGCGGCGGCAGCAGGUCCGGGCGGAGGGCUAGGAGGCCCGGGGCUUCAGGGCAUGCGCCUUGGCGGGCCCGGACACGGCGGCCCGGACAUGGACGGCGGCAUGGGCGGCGGCAUGGGCGGGCCCAAGGGCAUGAUGCGCGGCGGGCGCGACGGACCCGGUGGCCGCGACCACCGCGACGGCCACCACCGCGGCGGGCCGGGCGGGCCGGGCGGCCGCGAUGGGCGCGGCCCCAGCUAUGACGGCCGCGGCGGCCGGGACGGCCGGGACCGUGAUGGCCGCGACCGCGACGGGCACGGGCGGGACGGGCACGGACGGGACCGGCGGGACGGGCACCACCGGGACCGGGACCACCACCGCUCCGGGGACCGGCACGGCGACCGGCAUGACCGGCACCACGGCGGCGGCGGCGGCGGCCACUCGAGCGGUGGUGCGGGCGGCGACCGGCACGACCGCGACCACCGGGACCGGGACCACGAGCACGAGGGCAUGGCGGCCAUUGCGCAGAAGUACGCCAGCCUGGACGAUGUGGUGGGGCAGCUCAUGACCGUGGCGCAGGACCAGAACGGCUGCAGGUACCUGCAGCGUAAGUUCGACGAGGGCGGCGCGGCGGCUGUGGAGAAGGUGUUCCCGGAGGUGCUGGACAACAUCGUGGAGCUCAUGGUGGACCCCUUUGGAAACUACCUGGUGCAGAAGCUGCUGGACAGGUGCAGCGAGCAGCAGCGGCUGGAGGUGCUGAAGAGGGUGGCUGAGCGCGGCGAGCUGGUCAGCGUGGCGCUCAACACGCACGGCACGCGCGCGGUGCAGAAGCUGAUUGAGACACUGUCCAGCCGCGAGCAGCGGGCCAUAGCCAUCGAGGCGCUGCGGCCUGGCGUGGUGUCUCUGAUCAAGGACCUGAACGGCAACCACGUGGUGCAGCGCUGCCUGCAGCGCCUGGGCCCCGAGGACAGCCAGUUCAUCUACGACGCUGCUGUGGCCUGCUGCGUGGAGGUGGCCACGCACCGGCACGGCUGCUGCGUGCUGCAGCGCUGCAUCGACUUCGCCACGCCCGGGCAGAAGCAGGCGCUGGUGAUGGAGGUGGCCAGGCACGCGCUGGUGCUCAGCCAGGACGCAUUCGGCAACUACGUGGUGCAGUACGUUCUGGAGCUGGGCCACCUGGACUCGUGCGCGGCGGUGGUGGUGGCGCUGCGCGGCUCCUUCUGCAGCCUGAGCCUGCAGAAGUUCAGCAGCAACGUGGUGGAGCGCUGCCUCAAGCUGGGCGGGCUGGACGCGGAGCGCGAGCUGAUCGUGCGCGAGCUCAUCCAGCCCAACAACCUGUCGCGGCUGCUGCAGGACGGCUACGGCAACUACGUGAUCCAGUCGGCGCUGUCCGUGACCAGCGGCACCACGCACGGCCUGCUGGUGGAGGCCAUCAAGCCCUACCUGCCCACGCUGCGCGGCACGCCGCACGGCAAGCGCAUCGUGCAGCGCAUCAACGGCAAGGUUUAGGCCGAGGGGAGGCUGGUGAAGUCGGGUAUUUGGAGGGAGCUUACAUGGGUAGAUGGGUGGCGGAGCUGGGAUGCGACGACAGACAGGGGUUCGCGGGCUGGCGGCGGCAGCCUUGGUGGUCACGGCAGGGAUGCGCUGGCUGGCUGGCUGGCUGAUUGGCUGGCUGCCUGACAAGCUGCGUCACCGUAAGGAUGCUGGCAUCAAGUUUUGUGGUACACGCGAUCCGGGGUGUUAUCUGACCGACGGCGGUGAGCAGACACGGCCGUAGCCCGUUUUCUGAAGCAGGGCGCGGCAGGCGCGUCAGUCGAAGUCUGUCUGACGAAGCCGUUGAGUUGGUGGUGGGACCUGCGGCAACAUGAUUUACCUUGUGCCGCUCGGUGCGCGGCUGUGCCCUUGGAUGGGUGGUCGGCCUGGCUUGCUGGCGCCGGAGCCUGCAGGGCACGGCGCAGGAUGGCUACAUGACUGCAUGUGCGGUGACCCCAAAACGAGAACCUGUGCAUGCGGGCCUGGAGAUGGGGGUUAAGCGAGGCGUGGGCAAUAUGACGUUCCAUCUGCUCGCAAGGCGGGAUUGCUGCCGCAGGUUAUCUAAGGAGCAUGGGUGCAUCGCGUUCCUCAAAGUGCGCUUGUCCAGGCUUUACAAGCGAUGUCCGGGAUCCACACGGAUGACGAGUACGGUACCACAUUUCUGUUUCGUUCGUCUUUGAUGGGGUUCCGAGAGGUGUACCUGUAGGUCCCAGGCCGCACCGUUCAUUCGGGCGCUUUAGGGCUAAGGUCCUGUACAAGAGCGAAGAGGUGUAUCUUAUCAUUACUUGAGAAGUCGAGCGGCUGUAGAUUAGGGUCCUGUAGAUUACCUCCCGCCCACGGGAGAUGGCUGGAAGGAUGCAGAUCAACCUCCGUUUGAAGGCCGGUUGGGCUUUGCGUGUUCGUGCACUGUCAUGUGCACCUGAAGCCGCACCAUUGGGCUGUGGCGCAUUGGCAGUGCCCAAUCCAACUGCAUGGCUGGAAGUACGCCGGCUGCGUGGAUCGAGUUGAGCAGGCAGGUUUGUGUGCUGAGCGACGUAUUUGCGUUGGCAGGUGUGGACAGAAGGUGCUGGCGACGCGCAUGCCCGCAAGCCGGGUCGUUGGAAUGUACUCUUUUUGGGGGUCCUCGUGGGGCGCGACCAUUGCGCUGCCGCGGAGUUGCAGGCUUAGUCAUUUGAGGCGCGACUCGUGGUGAGGACAGGCUAGGGACGUGGGAACCGGGGGAGGCUGGCGAAGGUGCGGCACGCGAGCAUGUGUCUGGUACUGGCGGACGGCGGUGCGCGCCCGCGUGUGUAACGCCGUGGAAUG